AUGGUGGGAGGACGGCCAUGCUCCUUGACGGAAUGCCAGGUUGCCCCCGAAGGCCUCUUCUGGCACAACAUGCCUGUCACGCCGGCGCAGAGAAGCGGCAAAAUUGGAAUGGCGAUACUGGCCCUGGUGGCAUCCUGCGCAGUCUGGACUUUCCUGCUUUACAUUCCCUAUGCGUACUACAUGGCUUCCUUCUCAUAUGCGAAUGGAGAUGAGCCGGGCGAGUUUUCUGAAGGUCUUUUCAUCUGCCUCGUCGUCGGCUCGCAGCUGGGGCUCUUCGUGGUUAGCUCCAUGGGCGCCAAGCACGCCUGUUUUCACAGCGAAGACGAGACGCAGAAGGCCUACACCAUGUUUUACAACGCCGCAUUGAUAUUGAACCUGGUCAUGGACAUCGCUCUGCAGACCUACCUUAGCUACCUUCAGAUGGUGGGAGUUGGCGCUCACACUUCAGAUGGGCGUUUACUUGGCAGCCUAGACAGCUUGCAGCAGAUCUUCGAGUCAUAUCCCAUCCAGAAGUCGGUGGGUAAGCUUCUCUUCGUGUACUGCUGGCCCUGUACUUUCUUUGUGCCUUUCCUGGCAGAGCCUCUGGCUGUUCAAUGGUUGCCAAAGCAUUUGGCCCAGUACAUCGUUGGAGCGAACAAGAGGAUCCAAGGGGAGAAUGCGGAGAAGGCACUGGAGCUGGGGGAGAUGGAGCAGGGCCGAUAUGCCGAUUGCAUCUUCAACGUGAUCCUCCUUUGCUGUAUCCCCUUUAUUUCACCAGCUUAUCUCGGCAUGACACUUGCUGCGCUGAUCUUCUCGCAUGGCUACCUUUAUCUUUACGACCAGAUCAAGGUGCUACGCUUUGUCCGCAAGUUCAACUUCAGCGAUCCUGAGGUGCAUUGGCUGGGCAUGCAGCUGUUUGCCAUCCCAUGCAGCAUCCUCGCUGGUGCAUUGGUUUUCAAGGCCAACCAGAUGUCCAGCAAAUCUGACGUUCUGGGAUCUGGCUACUUCCAGGGUGGUUCCCUGCUCGCUGCAGUAGUCGGAGCCGCAGUGCUUCACUUCGUGCUGCACCUGGCAUUGCUUGAACUGGUAGUCAAGCCCAUGGGCCAGGAGCACGACUUGAAGUCCAAUGCGCUCUAUGCAGCGGCGGCUCGGGAUUGUCCUGCUACAUACCUGUCCACAAAUCCCAUCUUCUGUCUCCGGUCAAAGUACGUAUUGGGCCACAACCCACCGCAGAUGAUGUACUUCCCCGGGAAGGAGCAUUUAAUGCAGCCAAACAGCUCGUGCCUUGUCUGUCGGUGUUUGAGCUUUUGGGGCUUCCUGCUUUUGAGAAUGUUCGAAAAUCAGUGUCACAUGCCCAAGAAUCUGCAAGGAUUCCGGCCUACUACCAGGGCCCAUCAGCAAAGUCUUCAGCUGGCUAGAGUUGCUGCAUGUGAUGGCGUCUUGAGCAUGGGAGGGCAGCCGGCCUGGCGUAGCCGGCGACAGUGUCUGCGGACGACCCAUCAAAACUGA